GGUAGUGACAGUGGUCGGGUGGUGAAGACGGUCCAGGAGCGUUGGAGGGAGUCUCUGCUGGGCUGUUCCAGCCUGUCCCAGGUCUUCCUCCACCUCUCCACCCUGGAGCGCAGUGUCAUCUGGGCCAAGUCCCUGCUCAACGCCCGCUGUAAGGUCUGCCGCAGGAAGGGAGAUGCAGAGAACAUGCUGCUGUGUGACUGUUGCGACCGAGGACACCACAUCCACUGUGUCCGCCCGAAACUCAAGGUAGGAUGAAUGAUGCUUUUCUUCACACCUGGUCUAUGGAUGCCCCGUGUUUCCCCUCUGCUACCAAAAAAUUGGUAUGCAACCUUUCAAGGUUCAUUUGGGGACCCUGUUGUCUUUUCUUCAAAAGUAACCUGCUGAAAGAGUGUAGUUCCAGGUUGCCUGUAACCCUGCUGUCAACUGUACUGGUGUAAUCAUCUAAACCUGUAACCCUGCUGUCUACUGUGCCGGUGUAAUCUAAACCUGUAACCCUGCUGUCUACUGUACCGGUGUAAUCUAAACCUGUAACCCUGCUGUCAACUGUACCGGUGUAAUCAUCUAAACCUGUAACCCUGCUGUCUACUGUACCGGUGUAAUCUAAACCUGUAACCCUGCUGUCAACUGUACCGGUGUAAUCAUCUAAACCUGUAACCCUGCUGUCUACUGUGCCGGUGUAAUCUAAACCUGUAACCCUGCUGUCUACUGUACCGGUGUAAUCUAAACCUGUAACCCUGCUGUCAACUGUACCGGUGUAAUCAUCUAAACCUGUAACCCUGCUGUCUACUGUGCCGUGUAAUAUCUAAACCUGUAACCCUGCUGUCUACUGUGCCGGUGUAAUCAUCUAAACCUGUAACCCUGCUGUCUACUGUGCCGGUGUAAUCAUCUAAACCUGUAACCCUGCUGUCUACUGUGCCGGUGUAAUCUAAACCUGUAACCCUGCUGUCAACUGUACCGGUGUAAUCUAAACCUGUAACCCUGCUGUCUACUGUGCCGGUGUAAUCAUCUAAACCUGUAACCCUGCUGUCAACUGUACCGGUGUAAUCAUCUAAACCUGUAACCCUGCUGUCUACUGUGCCGGUGUAAUCUAAACCUGUAACCCUGCUGUCUACUGUGCCGGUGUAAUCUAAACCUGUAACCCUGCUGUCUACUGUACCGGUGUAAUCUAAACCUGUAACCCUGCUGUCUACUGUGCCGGUUAUCUAAACCUGUAACCUGCUGUCAACUGUACCGGUGUAAUCAUCAAACCUGUAACCCUGCUGUCUACUGUGCCGGUGUAAAUCUAAACCUGUAACCCUGCUGUCUACUGUGCCGGUGUAAUCUAAACCUCUCCUUUGCUCUGUGUUGUGUCCAGGCCGUCCCAGAAGGGGACUGGUUCUGCCCUGAGUGCCGUCCCAAACAGCGAGCCAACCGCCUCACCUCCCGCCAACGGUCCUCUGUUGACUCUGAGGAGGAAGUAGAGGAAGAGGAGAACUCGGAGGAAGAAGACUCUGAGGAAGUGGAAUCUGGGGAGGAGACUGAGGAGGAGAAG